AUGGAGGGUGUUUCAUAUGACUCCAAGAGUAAGAAACUAGCACUCGACCCCGAAGUAGCUUCCACGAUACCUGCAUUGAAGUUGGAGAUAGAUCAACUUAAUGUUAUAACGCAAGAACUAAUAAAUCAGGGUAGUGAUGUGCCACCAGUUCCCACUCCGGAGAAUUUCAAUAAGGACUUAUCCAAGAUGGUCAAGAAAUUGUAUGAUGGUGGUGUUCAGGCAUUUAAGAUGGGUAAAUUUGAAGAUAGUGUACGUCAAUUUUCAAUUGGUAUCGAAAUGAUUCAAAGAAGACCUAAAUUAGAAAGCUUUGCUGGUACAAUACAAGAGUUAUCAAAAUUUCUCAUGAGUAGAUGCGAUGCUUAUUUGAAAACUAAGCAGUACUUACAAGCUUACAACGAUGUUGAUUUACUUUUGAAUAUGCAAAUGAAUGCUCCUGACAAUUUCUUGAGAAGAGGAGUUGCUAAUUUCUUUUUGGGUAAUUAUGAACUAGCUAGAGCUGACUAUCAACGAGGAUUGGCAUUUGAUGAGAAUCAUCCUAGGUUGCAGCACGAGUUGACUAUUUGUUUGGAUAAAAUAUUGGAGGAGAAUGGUGAUUACUUGUAA